AUGUUGACGAGUGGCGUUAAAUCAGACGAAGAAAGCGCCGAGCAACCAAAAAUCGACCUACCAACUUCUGAAGACGUAAAGGAUGUUCCACGAAACACCGCAGCGCCAAUUACGGAACAACCGAAUAAAGAGUCACCUAAUACCGAAAAAAAUUACAAUUUGCCGAAUGCGCCAAGCACAGAAACACAAAAUAUUGAACAAACAACUAUAAAACAAGAUGUAAAAAAGAUAGACGACUUGCAAAAAGUAACGAACACUGAAACGACAAUUACAGAGUCGCCAAAGGAACUACCAAAAGCUGUAUUUAAUAAGGAAUUGUCGAAUUUAGAAGUAUCAAAAACACAAGCAUCAAAUAUUGAGUCAUCAAAUACGAAGUCGCCUAAUAGCGAAAAGAAACAAGACUUUCAGAGUUUUCAAGCAUCGAGCAUCAUACCAUCAAAUUUAAGCUCAUUAAAUAAAAAGUCCUUUAUUUCUGAAACUUCAAACCAACAAGUUAAAGGCGUUGAGAGAGACAUUAAUCAAAAUAUCAACGAUGACAAUAACAAAAAACCGGUUCUGACACAAACAAAUGCUAGAAAUAGAACUAAACCUAUUGAACGCCCCAAUAUUGUAUUUAUUGUCGCGGAUGAUUUGGGUUGGGGCGACGUGAGUUUCCAUGGCUCUGAUCAGAUCGUAACGCCCAAUAUCGACACUCUUGCAUACCAGAGCAUCAUACUGCAUAACUACUACACAGAAAUUCUCGGCACAGCUUCUCGCAGCGCCCUCUUUACAGGAAAACAUCCUCUACGCCUGGGUACCCAAGGUGCUUCAAUAAAAGCAGCUGAAGAUAGAGGUAUACCAAUUUCAGAAGAACUCCUACCAGCCUAUUUAAAAAAAUCGGGAUACAAGACACAUUUAAUAGGUAAAUGGGACGUCGGCAAAUCCAGGAAACAUUAUCUGCCUACUAACAGAGGAUUUGAUACUUUUUACGGCUUCCUCGGCUCUUCUGUGGAUUACUUCACUUAUAAUAAAAUAGAAACAUGGGGUAACGUCUCAUAUUACGGCUUGGAUUUCUUUGAUAACGAGAGUCCUGUAUUAAAUGCUAAAGGCUAUCUUACUGAUUUGCUUACAGAGAGAGCUAAGCAAGUAAUACGUAAUCACGACACGUCAUCACCGCUAUAUCUACACAUGUCCCACGCCGCUCCCCAUACAGGCGGUGGGCUCGUUAAUCUCCAACCGCCUGAGGAUACCAUAGCACCCAACAAUCACAUCGCACAUUCUGCUCGCAGAUUAUACGCAGGUUUAGUCACCAGUUUGGAUCGAAGUGUGGGACAUAUUGUAGCAGCUUUAGCUGAAAAAAAUAUUCUGAAAAACACUGUAAUUGUUUUUGUAUCUGAUAAUGGUGCUCCAACUGAAGGAAUAUCACAAAAUUUUGGCAGUAAUUUACCUUUACGUGGUAUGAAAGACACGCCGUGGGAAGGCGGCGCGCGUUCCAUAGCUUUCCUCUGGCAUCCUUUUCUGCAGCCUGAAAUUAGGCAUGCCUUGUUUCACGUGACCGAUUGGCUGCCGACAAUAAUCGCUGCCACGGGUGGCAAUGUGGAAAACAAAAUUGAUGGCAUUAACCAAUGGGAAGCAAUUAAACAACAACAUCCGAAGCGAAACGACGUUUUAAUUACUAUUGACGAUCAGAACAGAUGGGCUGCGUUAAGAGAAGGUGAUUUCAAAAUAAUUGUGGGUGACGUAAAAAAAGGCAUUAGCCAUUAUUUAGGAAUACAUAUCCAAGCUUUAAGACGAGAGCCUCCUAUAUAUGAAAAGAUGUUGUUAGAAUGUGAAACUUAUUAUGUUUUGAGAGAAACACUUAACAUUACUUUAAAUGUGGAUGAAGCUAUUAAGAAACGAAAUGAAAGUAAUUUGCUGAAUUAUAAAACAAAUGAGAAAACUUUGGAACUUUGUAUUCCCACUUUAGCGAAAGGUUGUCUCUUCAAAAUUACUCGCGAUCCUCUAGAAAUCAACGAUUUAUGGUAUGCCAUGCCUGAAAUAACUAAGAAAAUGUCACUCCGACUAAGGGCUUUGUGGGCAGAAUUGAAACCCAAAGUGAAACCACAGCUUGAUUUGCGAGCCAACCCAGCAAAGAAUAAUUAUAUUUGGCUUCCGUGGGUUCCAAACAACGAAACAAUGAAGCAGUCUAAUACUACCGUGCCCGUAUUUCCAUUGCAAGUUUCAAUCGGCGAACUUGAAUAUUUGGAGAACAGCGAGCGGUAUGUAGGACUCUCGGACGGUAGCCCUGUAUAUCCUUUUUUUUUUUUUUUGGUAACGGUGGGGAAUCCUUUAUGGAUACCCCCGAGCCCGGGCGGCUCGGAGGUUAUGUGGGAGUCCCGGCGCCCUGAAAAGGGCUCUGCUCCUGGGUCUAGCAUGGACCCAGGGGUGUACCCACUAAAUCCCAUCGGUUUGCCUCUCGCCGGGUUUGUGCCGGCGCCGUGGAAUCAUCUCUAUUUCACCACGACGCCGCCCAGCCGCCCCGGCCACUAUGCCGGGGCUCCCGCGCCUAUGGAGGAGAGGAUCGGUUUUCUCCGCCCCUCUCCCCAGACGAUUGAGGCCGUGCAAUGCGAACAGGGGGCCCUAGUCCCUGUCCGCUGGCCUCAGUGGGGAAGGAGUUGA